UCUUAGCAGUGCUGCACUUUCUAUAUUUUCCACACAAAAUUUCUAAGGACCUUGAUCUCAAGAAACAUGUUGCUAGCUUUUUCUUUAGUAAAGAUAGCUUUGGCAAAGCUAGCUUGUUGCAACUUGCAGUGCCAAAAUUUGAUGAAACACGACAUGCAUUGACAGAGAAUUCAUUUCACUGCAACCUGUAAAGUAGUCUUUCAUGCCCUACAAUUGAUUAGCUAUCAAUCUCUUUUCUUUUUGAAGAAUAACCAUCAAUGUUUUUCUUCAUUAACUAGUAACGACGAUUCCUGUUUACAUGCUGAACAGAUGCAACAUCCGAAAGUUUGAUACGUUGUUUGUAUUCAACCACAAAGCAUUUUCUUUUCUUAGCUUGCUUGUUGAGAAAGAAGUUAAUAUCCAAACGUGUUUCACGUCUUAACCUCUAAUUAAAAGGAGGCAUGCAUUCUUUUCGUAGAGCAACAAGAUCCAUUUUCUCACCAACCACCUAAAAUUUUCAGCCCUUUGUCCUGCAUCAAUUUUCAAGUCUUUUGAAACCAUGGCCAAUAUUCCUAUAGGAGAAGUGCUUACCUUCUUGUGGAAUGUGAUUAAAGAACCUGUGGUUUAUAUUGAUUACGAGCAAAAUCUGCGCAUCUUGGAAACUAAGAUGGAUGAGCUGCUGCAUCUGAAGAACGACCUGACAGGGAAAGUGCAGAUGGCUGAGGUGCGAAGCAUGACAUCUCGAGUGACAGGGUGGGUUUCAAGGGUUGAACGUAUGAUAACUGAAGUUAAUGAAUUGACGAAUCAAGCCGCACAAGAGAUGCAGAAGAACUGCUUUGGAAGCUGCUGUCCUAAGAAUUGCUGGUCCAGGUACAAGAUAGGGAAGAAAAUUGAUGAGAAGUUGAGAGCUGUUUCUGAUCAUAUUGAAAAAGGUGAGAAGUACUUGAGCUCGGUGUCUUCUCCUGUUGAAUCAGUUAUGGGGUGCCUAUGUGAAGUAGGGAAGUCAACUAUUGGCAUAUAUGGACCAGGAGGUGUAGGCAAGACUGCUCUCUUGACUCAAGUCAGCAAUAACUUGCUCAGCUCACAGCUCCCAUUUGAUUUCGUUAUAUGGGUGGUGGCAUCCCAGGAUCCUGACUCUGAAAGAAUCCAAGGUGAUAUUGGUAAGGAAAUAGGAUUUCUUGAAGAUAGAUGGAAGGGUAAAAGUUUUCAAGAGAAAGCUAGGGAGGUCUCUUCUGUUCUGAGCCAAAAGAAGUUUGUGUUGUUGGUGGAUGAUUUGUGGAAGCCAGUUGAUCUAGCUGAAGUUGGAGUUCCUUCUAGAGAAAAUGGCUCCAAGCUAGUAUUCACCACUAGUUCAGAGGAGUUGUGCAACAGUAUGGGCGCGGAAGAGAAGAUUCGAGUGGGCGGUUUGGCAUGGGAGAAAGCUUGGAAAUUGUUUCAAGAGAAGGUUGGCGAAGACACACUUAAAAUUCAUCCGGACAUUCCUGAGCUGGCAGAAACUAUUGCCAAAAUGUGUAAUGGGCUACCACUUGCACUUAUAACUGUUGGCCGGGCAAUGGCUUUCAGAAAGACCCUCUUGGAAUGGCGCCAUUCCAUCGAGGCCUUGAGCAGGGCCACAGCAGAAUUUUCACGCACUCCCUGUCGGGACUUUGUUCUGCUGAAGUUUGGCUACGAUAGUCUUCGAAAUGACAAGGUUAGAUCUUGUUUUUUGUAUUGUGCUUUGUUCCCAGAAGGCUUUUUCAUAAAUAAGUCAUACCUGAUAGAUUACUGGAUUGGGGAGGGAUUCUUGGGUGCAUAUAGUGAUGCCUACGAGGCUAGAACUGAAGGUCACAACAUCAUUGACAUUCUUACACAAGCAUGCUUACUGGAAGAUGAAGGCAGAGAUGUGAAAAUGCAUCAAGUGAUUCGCGAUAUGGCUCUGUGGAUGGAUAGCAGGAAGGAGAACCCAGUAUAUUUGGUCGAGGCCGGGACUCAGUUAGCCGAUGCACCAGAGGUUGGAAAAUGGGAAGUGGUGAGAAGGGUGUCUCUGAUGGCUAACAACAUUCAGAAUCUAUCAAAAGCACCUAGAUGCAAUGAUCUGGUAACUUUGUUUCUUAAAAAAAAUAAUUUGAAGAUGAUUAGUGAUACUUUCUUUCAAUUCAUGCUUUCUCUGAAAGUCCUGGACCUGUCCGAAAAUAGAGAAAUAACUGAAUUUCCGUCAGGAAUUUUGAAAUUAGUUUCUCUACAGUAUCUGAAUCUAUCAAGGACAGGAAUAAGGCAGCUGCCAGUUCAGCUGAAGAACUUGGUGAAGCUGAAAUGUUUGAACUUGGAGCAUACUUAUGAACUCCGCACGAUUCCAAUGCAAGUGAUAUCUAACUUCUCAAGCUUGACAGUAUUGAGAAUGUUUCAUUGCGCUUCUUCUGAUAGUGUUGUCGGAGAUGGUGUCCAGACUGGUGGACCCGGAUCCUUGGCAAGGGAUUUGCAGUGCCUGGAGCAUUUGAAUCUGUUGACGAUCACCAUAAGAAGCCAGUAUUCUCUGCAAACAUUUGCAAGCUUCAACAAGUUCCUGACCGCCACCCAAGCACUGUCCCUCCAAAAAUUUCAUCAUGCGAGGUCACUUGACAUAUCACUUCUCGAAGGUAUGAACUCUCUAGAUGACCUUGAGUUAAUUGACUGCAGUAACCUGAAAGACCUGAGCAUCAACAACUCCUCGAUCACGAGGGAAACAAGCUUCAACAGCCUCCGCCGAGUGUCUAUAGUCAACUGUACAAAAUUGGAGGACUUGGCAUGGCUAACUCUUGCUCCAAACAUCAAGUUUCUCACGAUAUCAAGAUGUUCUAAAAUGGAAGAGAUCAUUCGACAAGAGAAAUCGGGUCAAAGGAAUCUCAAAGUGUUCGAAGAACUCGAAUUUCUUCGGUUAGUUUCCCUGCCAAAAUUGAAGGUUAUCUAUCCUGACGCCCUGCCUUUUCCAUCUCUGAAGGAAAUCUUUGUUGAUGAUUGCCCCAAUCUGAGGAAGCUUCCCCUUAAUUCUAACAGUGCGAAGGAACAUAGAAUUGUCAUUCAGGGAUGGGAAGAUUGGUGGAGAAGGCUAGAAUGGGAGGAUGAAGCUGCUCAACAUACCUUCCUUCACUCUUUCAAAGGCUGCUUGUACUAAAUGUAACAGUCCUAGAAAUGUUUCGUUUUCAAGUGCUAGAUCUUCAUAUCAUUAUUUUAAGAAAAAUAUUGUCUGAAAUGUACUCAAGUGUUUCUUAAGGUUUAAUGUUAAGUGUAAUUGUGCACAUUUCAAUAUUUUUUAUAUAUACAUUAAAUUGUUGAAAUGAUUUUGCAUAAAGACUCCGUUAUUGUUUUUAAAUCUAUUUAUUACCA